AUAGACUCAUUGACUUCAAGCUCUACUAAAUGCAAAUCAAGUGAAACAUCUCUGAAAAAAUCACAUUUAAGUUAUUCGACUUCAACUCUGUUUCAAGUAAUCACUGAUUCUUCACAAUUAAAGUCUUUAUCAUUGAAUGCGACAAAAAAGUUAGGCUUAAAGUCAGCUAAAAGUAUAUUCAAUUGUUUGCCAAAUACUAGUCAUUUAAAUAGUGGGUUAAGUCCUGCGCGCAGACAAUACUCGACAUCAAUAUUCAGUAUAAUUGAAGGCGAAAAACAAGUGACGGAUCCCAUCAACAAAACACACACAAAGAUGUCAUCGGAUCUGUUAAAUGGUGACUCACAAGACAUUCUAACAAAACAAGUGAGACGUGAUGUCGAGGCUCAGCCAUGGGCUACACAAACACAACAACAACAACAACAACACAGUUCACAGAACCGACUGCUUGUCAAAGGAGGACGUCUUGUAAAUGAUGACCAGAUAUUUGAUGCCGACGUUUACAUCGAAGAAGGGAUUAUUAAACAAAUUGGACCGCAUUUGAUAGUACCGGGCGGUGUUAAGAUCAUUGAUGCAAAGGGCCAUUAUGUGAUUCCCGGUGGUAUUGAUCCGCACACACAUUUGCAGCUCCCCUUUAUGGGCACCCGAGCUAUUGAUGAUUUUUAUACGGGAACCAAAGCAGCUCUGGCCGGAGGAACCACUUGUAUCAUUGAUUUUGCUAUUCCCGACGCUAACAACCCAAGUCUUUUGGAUGCAUAUGAUAAAUGGCGUCAAUGGGCUGAUGAACGAGUUUGCUGUGAUUACAGUCUUCAUGUGGCAGUCUCUCAAUGGAAAGAGGGUCAGACAGACAAAGAAAUGGCAGUUCUUGUGAAAGACAAAGGCGUCAAUUCAUUCAAGUGUUUUAUGGCUUACAAAAAUGUUUUAAUGCUAAACGAUUCGCAUCUGAUAUCAGUAUUUGAUACGUGCAGAGAUAUCGGUGCUUUAGCUCUGGUUCACGCAGAAAAUGGUGAUAUUAUUGAUGCUAACACCAAAAGAUUGCUUAAAAUGGGAAUUAAUGGACCCGAAGGUCAUCUCCAAAGUCGUCCAGAGGAAGUUGAAGCUGAGGCUACUAAUCGAGCAAUUGUUUUGGCCAAUCAAGUCAAUUGUCCGCUAUAUGUGGUUCAUGUUAUGAGUAAGAUGGCUGCUGACACACUCGCAAGUGCCCGCAUGAGAGGUAAUAUUGUGUUCGGUGAAGCUUUGGCUGCUGCUAUUGGAACCGAUGGAGUUCAUCACUUUAACAAAUGUUGGAGACACGCAGCCGCUCACGUUAUGUCACCUCCUUUGAGACCCGAUAGAUCAACAGCCGAACAUUUGUUGGAUUUAUUAAGUAGCGGUCAGUUGCAAACUCUUGGUUCCGAUCACUGUGUCUUUACGGCUGAACAGAAGGCUUUGGGAGCUAAGGAUUUUUCGAAAAUACCAAAUGGAGUGAAUGGUGUUGAGGAACGCCUAAUGGUUUUGUGGGAAAAGGGUGUUCGCACUGGAAAACUGGAUGCCUCUCAGUUUGUGGCCCUCACCAGUACUAAUGCAGCAAAACUUUUCAAUUUAUAUCCACGAAAGGGAAGAAUUGCAGUUGGAUCCGAUGCAGAUUUGGUUAUUUGGGGACAAAAACCUAGAAUUAUUAAAGCAGAAUCUCAUCAAUCAAGUGUUGAUUUUAAUAUAUUUGAAGGAAUGACUGUCCAGUUUGGACCUCUUGUUGUCAUAAGUAAUGGUAGAGUGGUUUUGGAUGAAGAAGGUCUGAGAGUAAGUCAAGGAAGUGGACGGUUUGUUCCUUGUCCUCCAUUUGCUCCGCAUGUGUUCAACUCUAUUAAAGAACGAGAAAGAGUUGGUCCCAUUUGUGUUGAUAGAAGUGGCGAUUCCAAGAAAGCAGUUAACGAGGCAACUAAUGGUGUUAAAGGAUUGGUACCUAUUGAUUAUCCUACUAUCUCUGAGCCCAUCAUUACAGCAACUCAUGUGACUGGCGAUGACGCCCAAAGUUUUUUCCGAGCUCCGACUAGAAGUGGUGUCCGUAAUCUUCAGGAUUCAUCAUUCAAUUUUUCUGGCGCCCAGAUUGAUGACGACAAGAUGGGAAAGACAGCUAUUCGUGUUCACAAUCCUCCUGGUGGUCGUUCCAGUGGUAUUUGGUAAUUAGAUCCGCACUUCAGUAUUACAUGUCGUUUAAAGUGCUUUUAAUUGUUUUAAUGUUUACAAUACUUUAUAAUUUUAUUAUACAUUCCUAUCAAUUGAUAUGCUAUGGCUUAUUAAGUAUUAAUAUACCGUAUUUUUGUUUGAUUUUUAAUACGAAUUAUACUCUUGUAAUGAAUCAAAUCUUAAUUUUAGUGCUUAUAUAUACACU